AUGAUAGAAUCAGACAAUAAAAAUAUAAAGGCCAUUAAUGCAGAAAUUCGCAAUCUUUGGUCGGAGAGUAUUCAUUGCCGCGAUCAACGUCAAAAAUUUAACGAGGCCGAUGAAAUUUAUGAUUUUAUUAUUAUUGGAGCUGGAACUGCCGGAUGUGUAUUAGCAAGAGAACUGAUUUAUAAUGUUCCCAAUGUUAAUAUUUUGGUAUUAGAAGCUGGUCCACCAAACACACUAAUUAAUGAUAAAAUGCGUUUACCUUGUACUUUUUCUACGGUUUACCGAGCAAGUGAAAUUGAUUGGGGAUAUAUAACAGAAGAUCAAACGAUGUCCAGCAUUGUCGAACCUAAAAAAGAAGUAUUAAAUAAAGGGAUCACAUAUCCACGUGGCAAGGUUAUUUGGGGAUGCAGUACUGUAAAUGGAAUGAUUUAUAUACGAGGUCAAAAGGCUGAUUACGAUAGUUGGGCGGCACAAGGCCCUGAAUACAAAAUUUGGGAUUACGAUCAUUGUCUUGAGGCUUUCAAAGCCGUCGAAAAAAACGCGCGAAAAAAUCCAGACGAAGAAUUUAAGAAGUAUCACGGGUACGAUGGCCUACUUCACGUACAAGAUAGUCCAUUUGAUACUUAUGAGAUUACAAAAGAUUUCAUGAAGGUUGUAGAAGAUCUUGGAGUUCCUUAUAAUAAAGAUUUCAAUGGUGCUAGGCAAAAUGGAUUUGGAAAAUAUCAGGCAUUAGGACCUCCUUAUGGAUUAGCCGGGGGUGUUGCAAAGAUCGUUGCUGUUAAUGUUAAAUCUUUUGCCCACGUGCUGAGUAUUAUUUGGGAUGAAGAAAGGAAAGAUGACAAUAUAGCAAUUGGCGUUAAGUAUUUCUAUGAUGGUGGAGUUCAUAGAGCUUUCAUUGCACCAAAAGGAGAAGUAAUUAUUUGUGGUGGUGCUAUUAAUAGCGCUCAGAUUUUAAUGCUAUCAGGAAUCGGUCCAAAAGAUAAUUUGGAAGCAAAUAAUAUCAAAGUUCGCAAAGAAUUACCGGUUGGGCGUAAUCUACAGGAUCAUCCUUUAUGUACGGUUACUGGGAAAAUUUCUAUUCCAAAUAAUAUAAGCACUUCUCAAUUUCAUUCUUGGUGUAAUGGGCUUAAACUUGGAAUUAUUUAUAAAGGCAAUGAUAAAGGAAAAAUUCCUAGUCGUGAAGAAUUCCAUGAUGAACAUCCUGAUAUUCAAUCUUAUGUAAGCACGAUUGUAUUUGAUCCUGUUAUUAAUGAAUAUGUCAAUUCUAAACAAUGUCCACCAAAUUUUGAACCGGUUACUAUGAUCUCCGUUUUAAAUCUCCCAUCGAGUGUCGGUCACCUGGAAUUAUGUAGUUCAAAUUCAUUUAUGCAACCAAAAAUAUUUCUCAAUUAUUAUGAAAAACCCGAUGAUUUGUAUAGAAUGAUGAGCUCUUUAAAAUUAUCACGUGAAAUUCUCAAACAACCUCCAUUAAGUACUGUAUGGGGCGUAAAAGAACUUGGGUUUAAUGAUGAAUUUGGAAAAUGGUGUAGUGUGGACGAAGAGAUGAGCGAUGAAGAUUGGGAACGAUACAUUCGUGGAAAGUCCUAUACAUCGUUUCAUCCGUGCGGUACUGUUAAAAUGGCACCAGAAUCCCAAGGAGGAUGUGUUAAUCAUCGUCUUCAAGUUUAUGGAACCAAAAAUCUUCGAGUUGUCGACGCUUCUAUUUUUCCAAUAGUUCCAAAUGGUAAUACUAAUGCACCUGUUGCCAUGGCUGCAUGGAGAGCAAGCAGGAUAAUUAAAGAGGACUAUUUAAAAAAAUAA